UCUGUUCUCUCAGCAUCGUGUUCCCUCCAUGGGCUGGUGUGGCAAGUCAGAAAGCAGCUCCAUCUUGCGGGCGAACUGUAGUGAAACAUUCCGCUCAUAUGCUUCAUUUGACACUAAAACAGUAGUAUUAUCGUUAUUGUUGUUGUUAUUGCUCUAGUCGUUAAACUCUACAAACACCGUCACUUCAAGCACACCUUCGGGAUCAGCAAUCGCAGAACAACGAGGUACAUGAACGCCGCAGCUCUGCCAAGCAAAGCCAGCCCAGUCGCCACGUGGAGCAGCUGACACUGAACAAAGAGCAGAAGACUGACAGAUCUCAUUGGUGUUGACCCUUGGCUCCCUGCGCACCAUAAGAGGCCACCAUGGGGAAGAGUAAGAAGCGCAAUGCCUUCUACCACUACAUGAACGAGAGGAAGCCUGAGAUAGAGAUGAGACUGAAAAGAACAGUGACCAUGGCCGAGAUGCCUCAACAUGUCAAGGCAGAUUGGGAGGCACUGCCAGACUCCAAGAAGAACAAGUACAGGAUGAUGUGUGGCGAAAAUCGAGAGAAGCUGGACUGUCGUGGCAUUCCUCUGCGUCAGCAUGAGGAAGAGGCUCAGGAUGAGAGAAGGCAGGCAGAGGAGAUGAAGAAGAGCAUAGCAGAAAUGGUGGACUUUUAUCAUGUUGGACAAGCGCUGCACCAGGCUACUUUCUUCAUCGUCAGCACCAACUUCUAUGUUAACACUGACUUGUACUAUUAUGUCCCUGCUGAGCUGAGCAUCCUGCAGUUUAAUUUCAAUUGUGGCAUAAUGAGGGAGUUUCAUGAAACAGCCAAAGCCUUGAUUCCCCGGGCUUACGCUUUCUCAGCAAAGAAACACUCUGAGGACACACACAACUUGCUGCAAGACCCAGACAACAGCCAUGGAGUGACUCAUGAAGAGAUGGCUGAAAAUAUAAGAAAAUUCUUGUCGGAUGGUUGGGACAAGGGUGUGCCGUUGUACACCCUUCACCAGGAGAUGGACCAGACAAGGCAAAUAAUGGAGACUAUAACAGGUAAGGAGUACAAGAUAUAUUCCCUGGACAUGCUGUUUCAGUUCAUGUAUUCAACAGUAAUGGUUCCUGUCCCAUUGUCUGUAGCUACUGAAUUGAUUACUGAGUGUGGUCUGGACUACCACCCAAACCUUUCUUGUCCUUGGCACCUGGCCAACCAGAUGGAUUCUGCAAGGUUCUGCACUCUCUCCACGGCAAGGCGUUGGUUUUACUACAUGUGUCAGUAUAUUGAUCUUGGCAAGCUUGGGGUGGUGGCUCAGGAGAAGAAACACUACCCUCCAACAUGGAGCUGAAAGGAGGAGUGCAGAGCAGCAUGGCCUGCCUUACUCUGGAGGACUCUGACUGUGGUGAGGGUGCCAGCUGUGAUGUCUGGUCAUUGGUGGGUCAGAAGGGUAAACAUUCUGCGAGUUCAAGUUCAAGUAGUGCAGACUUCCUCCCAAAAUAUUGACAGCCAACUCAGAGAGGAAAGCAUGGUGAAAACUGAAGAUGGAGAAUGUUAUCCUGUGGCCCACAUUGGAACUUUAUUGAUGAUUCUUUUUCUUAUUUGACUUGGAGACUCAAAGCUUCUAUAGAUGAAUACACCUGAUUAUUACUUCGAGUAAUUAAAACUUUCAAUAGACACAGCAAAUACUAAAGGGAAUGAUUUUAAUUUAUUACCUUUUGAAAUUUUUAUUUGUGUUCCUAUUCUUGAAUCAAGGAAUGUGAUAAUUAUGUUAAGUAUAGUUUUUCAUAAGCUGUAAUUUAAUAUUCAUCAUGUUUAGUUUUGUGUUCGUUGGAAGGGACAGGAAGCAGUGUACUGUUAUGUACCUCCCACAUCUCACCUGCCUGUGUUCUAAGCAUUAUAGCCUCCAGAAUGUUGUCAGCCGUGUGUGAAUAUAGUAAUAAUUUGAUAUAAGAAUUGGAAAGGUUCACUUAAUAUUGUAAUGUUUUAAGAUACUAAUUUUUAAGUGGAUUGCCUAACAUUGAAUUUUAAGUUGGUAUUGUUUUUGUUUGGAUUUUUAAACUUGAUUUUAAUGCAAGUCACUGUUUACAAUUCAGGUUAACUAGAAAAAUAUUUUGGUCAGUCUCCAAGUACUUAUGUGUAGUUUUUAUUUUAAAGUGAAGAAUACAUGCUAUGUCUGA